CCAUUCAUUCUCAGGCAGGCACUCAGGACAAACACACGCUCGCACCGCUUCCCUGGACAACUUUUUGAAACGAAAUUAAGCGCGGUGAUGAUGACAGAAGAAAGUAGGGGCAAACGGAGGAAACAAGCCAACCCCAGGAGAAAUCGAGUGGAUGCUGAGCAAGUGACCUCACUGGGAUCUGAGGGGGAGGAUGAGGUGGGCCUGUGGAGCCUGGAGCCCCAGGACUUCCAGGAGAGCCUGGACAAGACGAGCCUGACGCCCAGUGAGGGGACGGAGGAGCCUGGAAGUCCUGCUCGCUCCACGCGGCCGCACAGUCUCAGCCCCGGCAGCAGGAACUACUGGGUGCAGGUGGAGCCUGAGGCCGAGGCUGCUGAGGACGCCAUCACUGCAUCCACCACUGACAGGGAAGGAGACCAGGAACCACUGAGGAUGUACUGUAAGAACUCAGACUCCCAGAAUGCCUUGGAGGACUUUGCUCACUAUGAAUUUCUGGCUCAUUUGAAGAAGGCCUCUACCUCCGCUGGUCUCUUGGACCAUCUGAGCCAUAAUGGCACAGCAGUUGUGUACCACCAGGGCAGCAGGCACGACGACCUGCCGCCUGCUAUCUGGUCACCCGGCGCUCAGCACCACUCACCUGAGGGAUCAGAUGCAGGGAGGACCCAGCAGGUCUGUCCGUUCUGCCACAGGAUGUAUCAGCGAGGAGCUUCUUUGAGGGACCACAUCAAGUACUGUCAGGAGAGGGAGGGGGGCCACAUGGUCUGUCCGUUCUGUGGAUACACUGCCCCCCUUAGGGCACAGAUGGAGCAGCACCUGGCACUUCAUAGUCAAAUGCAGGACAAGAGUUCCAUCACGCUGGAUCAAGGCAUGGAGACCAGGAAGUUCAAAUGUCUGCAGUGUGGGAAAGCAUUCAAGUACAAACACCACCUCAAAGAGCAUCUCCGCAUCCACAGCGGUGAGAAGCCUUAUGAGUGCUCCAACUGCAAGAAACGUUUCUCUCAUUCUGGCUCCUACAGUUCCCACUUAAGCAGCAAAAAGUGCCUUAGUGGUGGAGGCAAUGGAGGGGCAAAUAUAGGCGGAGCAGGCGGGGCAUUUAAUGGACAUAGCCAAAGCCCCUACCACCACUCAUUUCUACCGUCUCCCUCUGCAGGUGGGGGCAGAAACAGUAAUGACAAAGGUUCUCCUCUGGCUUCACAGAACCAAGACAAUUCUAGGUCUCUGGGUCGAGUACCAGAAGAUCCUCACCAGCUUUUAUUGCAUGACCCCAACCAGAACCCCAUAGCCUUCCCCAGAGCUUCAGAUCUGGCUCGGCUUUGGGACCCCUCGGGAGAGCUGUCUCUGAGAGCCAGUUUCUUAAAAGGGACCACCCUGCUGCCUUAUCCUUAUGCUGGGACCAAGUUUGAGCAGAUGCUGCAGGAGAUGCUUCAUAGGGAGGUGAAGAAAGAUGAGGAGAUGGAAAGAGAAGGAGGUGCUGCAGCAGAGGAAAAGAGGGUGAUUCACAACGGAGGGGGACCCGAGAAAAAGCUGUCACCUGACAGAAGGAGAGAGUCUGUGAGGUCAGGUGAAGGGGAGAGAGGUGUGCUUGGGGUAACAUGUCGCUGGUGCUCCCAGCUUUUCCCUAAUGUGACAGUGCUCCUGCAACAUGAGCACUACCUCUGUAAGAUGAACCCUGAGGCUUUGGACGUGACUGAGGGUCUUCGCAGCAAAGACCGCCCCUCGCCACCUUUAUUCUUCCCCAGAUCUACUCUCCAACCAGAGAACAACAAACCAUGUGAAGUAACCAAUGGCCUCUCUGGAAACGAGUCACCGGUGCAGAAGCCCAGCUGGCACUCUGUACCGCAGCCCCGCCGUGCAUAUUGGUGCAGCCAGGAAAAAGGAAGCCCAAGCCAACCAAUCAACCAUUCCCCAGAUUUGUCAUCACCCAGUCCCAGAAGAAGAGUUCCCUCUUCAGGGUUCGGUUCCCCUGUCUGCCUUGACCUCACAAAUUGUCCACCUGAAAUCGCCUCGCCUCCGAACCAGACCAGCAGCCCCUGGUCUGCACAGAAUGAACCUCUGGACCUCUCCCUGCCCAAGCCCUCAGACCAAGAGGGGAGGAACAAAACUGUCAAUGGCAGCUCAGCCAGAGGUGAGAGAAGAGAACUUGGGACCCAGCAGCCCAAGAGACUCAAGUCCAGCUUAAGCCCAACUUCACAUUUACCCCUUCACCACCACCUUCACUACAGUGCAGCUGGAGCUCCUAUGUUUCCAGGCUCCUUAUACAAUGGUUUUCCAAUCUUCAACCAGGCUGGUUUAGGGCUUUCAGGACAUGAAGGCCUCACACCACUUCCAUUCAGCCAGUCAGCUAAUAGCCCUGGGUUUCUCCCUCCUUUGGCUUACAUGAUGGAGGCAGACGCAGAGGCCACACUGAAAAAGAUCCACCAGGAGAGACAAGCUCUCAUGGGAGAGGCGUUAAGCCGUGGGGCUCUGGACUACCUCUCUCUAAUGGAUGAAGGUCUGGAGGGAGAAGCGGGACCAGGGAGGAAGAGACUGAAGAAGACAGACGAGGGGCUGUACGCUUGUGACAUUUGUGAAAAAACCUUCCAGAAGAGCAGCUCUCUGCUCCGACACAAAUAUGAGCACACAGGCAAGCGUCCCCAUGAGUGCAAGAUCUGCAACAAGGCCUUCAAGCAUAAGCACCAUCUGAUCGAGCACAGCCGGCUGCACUCUGGAGAGAAACCCUACCAAUGUGACAAAUGCGGCAAGCGCUUCUCUCACUCCGGCUCUUACUCCCAGCACAUGAACCACCGUUACGCUUACUGCAGCAAAGACCAGGAUCCAGACCAAGACCACGAGGAGAUGCCUUUCACCCCGGGGGCAGGCAACAUUCUCGGGGGCCGGCUCGUCGACGAGACACCUCUGUCCAUGGAGGAUACUCAAACUCCACGCUCUUUCCUCAGCGAUUCCAGUCUGGAUGGAGCUCCAGAGGUCCUCAAAGAGGAAGAGGAGGAAAAAGAGCCAGGAGUUAGUGAUGGUCAUGUGGAAGAGGCAAAUGAGAGUUUGUCUGGGGAGCGGCUGGGAGGAAGCCCCGUCCAAGAAUCACCGACAAGGGAGGAUGGAGAGCAACAUGACAGAAACAGUUGUGAUGUGGGAAACCAUAUUGACAGUGCAGAGAGCCACACGUGGGACCGAGACACAGAGGACCAGAGUGGAGACUUGGACAAAUAUGAACUAAACCUGGAUUUAACAGAUUUACCCAGAAUAAAAACUUAGAGAGACUUUAACAAGCCAGUACAAUGCAUAUAUUGUAUAUAUUAAGACUUUUGAUAUUUUUUUUCUUUCAUAAAUAUAAUAGCUCGACUGUUUGUUUGUUUUUUUCUCACUUAUUUUACAUGGCAUGAAAAAUGCACAGAACUGCCAAAGCAUAGAUGGCCUUAAAGUGGAUCAAGCCAUACAAACAAAAUAUAUGUGAUAAUACAAAUUAUAGUAUUUUAUCAUGCAAAGCAUACUUGAUGUACCUACAGUGCUUUUGUUGUUUUGUUUUAUAAUUUUGCAUUUAUUUUUUUUUGUCAGGACAGCCAAAAUAUUCAGGUUGACUUGACAUCUGAAGUCAUGUCACAUAUCCAGAUGUGGCACUGCAGAAAUCUUACUCUUUAUACGCUUGCUGCUGCUAACUGUUGCACAACCCAUAAAGCAGAGGCUUAUGUAUUUUUAUUUUCUUCAUUUGAAACAUUUUGACUGUUGACAUGUAGAUGCACGCCAGUGAGCGGGUUAAGAAAACAGGCUGUGAAAGAAUUGUUUGUGUGACUGAUGGAGGACGGAAGGCCAUCUACUCAUUCUUUAACAUGCCAUCAAGGCCAAAGGUCAAAGGUUUCAGAUGUAGCCGUAUCAACAGAAUCACCUGACGCCUGGUUAGUGUAUUUAUUCUUCUUCAUAAAUGCAAAGGAACGUUCACUUUUUAAUAUCCUGUGGUGUAUUUUGCUACAAGUCUUUACCUCUGUUUUAAGAAUUAGCAAUAAGUGUAAAAUGUUUUCAGUUAAACACACAUGCAGCUAUUACUUUGUCCCAAAGCCAGUGAGUGCUUACAGUGGAAGUUAUCGUUGCCAGAACUUUUGGCAUUCAUGCUGUGAAAUCACAAGGUAAGACCAACUUAUCUCUUCAGGUUAACUACGGUGCUCAGUGGCUUUCAUUAAUCAGCAAUCUAUUUAGUGUUCAGAGUGAGCAGUAAAAAGAAAGAACUGGAAGGCAGUUGUUUAUUUAUUUUAUUGAACAAAAAGCAGUGGACUGCACCUAUUUAAUUGUAUGCCUUGGUAGGGGACAGUCAUUUCUGCAUUUCCGUAUGUGAGGCUAAAAGGGGAAAAAAGAUGAAGUCAGUCUUUGGGGUUUUUCCUAUGAGGGAGCAAAAAAAAAAAACUUGCACUGUCUCACUGUUUGUGUAAUAAUCACAUGGAGCUGCUUUAUUUCAUUUAAUGCUAAAA